CAGCGAGAAAGGGGAAGUGACUGCGCUCCGCUCCCCGCCCUGCCGCGGGAAACGCGCGGCCCCUCCGCCCCCUCCGCGGGGGCCGGCGUGUCCCGGCAGAGCCGCGCCCGCGGAGCAGCGCGGGGCCGGGCCAUGGCGCGCCUGGGGAUGAUGCUGGUCCUGCUGGGCGCCGUUCUGGCCCCGGGCAGCGCCUUCAACCUAGACGUGGAGCGCCCGGCCGUCUACUCGGGCCCGGCGGGCAGCUACUUCGGCUUCGCCGUGGACUUCUUCGCUCCCGACCCGUUCUCGACAUUUCUUCUGGUGGGAGCUCCAAAAGCAAACACUACCCAACACAACAUUGUAGAAGGAGGGCAGGUCCUGAAAUGUGACUGGAGCUCAAACAGAAACUGCCAGCCCAUUAUAUUUGAUGCCACAGGUAACAGAGACUUUGCUCCUAAUGAUCCGCUGGAAUUUAAGUCUCAUCAGUGGUUUGGAGCCUCUGUGAGAUCCCAAAAUGAUAAAAUUCUGGCCUGUGCCCCAUUGUAUCACUGGAGAACUGAAACAAAACAAGAGAGAGAGCCUGUAGGAACUUGUUAUCUGCUUGCUGGGUCAAAAUUUGUGGAAUAUGCUCCCUGCAGGUCAACAACUAUUGAUGCAGAUGGACAGGGAUUUUGUCAAGGUGGAUUUAGCAUUGACUUUACAAAGGGAGACAGGGUGCUGCUUGGAGGACCUGGAAGUUUUUACUGGCAAGGCCAGCUCAUUUCUGAUCGAGUGACCGAGAUCGUGGCUAAGUAUGACUCCAAAGUCUACAGUACAAAGUAUGAUGGCCAGUUAGCAACCAGACCUGCCAGUGCUGCUUUCGAUGACAGCUACUUGGGUUAUUCAGUGGCCGUUGGAGACUUCAAUGGUGAUGGCAUCGAAGACUUUGUAUCAGGAGUCCCACGAGCAGCAAGAACUCUGGGCAUGGUGUCCAUUUACAAUGGGAAAAACAUGUCUUCCAUGUACAACUUCACUGGAGAGCAGAUGGCUGCCUAUUUUGGGUAUUCAGUGGCUGCCACAGAUAUUGAUGGGGACAAUUACACAGAUCUGUUUAUUGGAGCCCCUCUUUUUAUGGAUCGAAGUUCAGAUGGGAAGCUUCAGGAGGUUGGCCAGGUAUCCAUCUGCCUUCAGCGAGCCUCCGGAGGGUUUCAGAUGGCAAAGCUGAAUGGUUUUGAGAUCUUUGCGAGAUUUGGCAGCUCUAUCGCACCCCUGGGGGAUCUGGAUCAGGACGGCUUCAACGAUAUUGCAGUUGCUGCACCAUAUGGUGGAGAGGACAAGAGAGGACUUGUGUAUAUCUACAAUGGAGGAGCAAGUGGUUUGAAUGCCGUCCCAUCCCAGAUCCUGGAAGGGCAGUGGGCUGCUCGCACUAUGCCCCCCAGCUUUGGGUACUCACUGAAAGGAGCCACAGAUGUGGACAAAAAUGGAUAUCCAGACUUGAUUGUUGGAGCCUUUGGUGUUGACACAGCUGUUCUGUACAGGGCUAGACCAGUUAUUAGAGUAAAUGCUGCCCUGGAAGUUAAUCCAACCAUUCUAAACCCAGAAAACAAAGCAUGUUCACUGGGAGAUGUAAAAGUUUCUUGCUUCAAAGUAAAGUUCUGCUUAAAAGCGGAUGGCAAAGGAAAGCUCCCGAACUCACUCAAUUUCCAGGUAGAGCUGCUGUUGGAUAAACUGAAGCAGAAAGGAGCUAUAAGGAGAGCUCUCUUUCUUCACAGCAAACAGCCCAGCCACUCUAAGAACAUGACAAUUACAAAGGGGGGCAAAAUGAACUGUGAGGAACUUGAUGCCUUCUUGAGGGAUGAAUCUGAGUUCAGAGACAAGCUAACUCCCAUUACUAUUUUUAUGGAAUAUCGUCUGGAUUACAGAACGGCUGCAGAUGCAACAGGAUUGCACCCUAUCCUCAACCAGUUCACUCCUGCUAACAUGAGCAGACAGGCCCAUAUUCUUCUGGAUUGUGGAGAUGAUAAUAUCUGCAAACCAAAGCUGGAGGUGUCAGUAGAAAGCGAUCAGAAGCAGAUCUAUAUUGGUGAUGACAAUCCCUUGACCCUCAUUGUCAGUGCUCAGAACCAGGGGGAGGGAGCCUAUGAAGCAGAACUCUUUGUUGUUGUUCCACCUCAAGCAGAUUUCAUCGGAGUUGUUCGUAACAACGAGGCUUUAGCCAGACUGUCAUGUGCUUUUAAAACAGAGAAUCAGACUCGCAUGGUAGUUUGUGACCUGGGAAAUCCCAUGAAAGCAGGAACUAAGCUCUUAGCUGGCCUGCGUUUCAGUGUGCACCAGCAGUCUGAGAUGGACACCUCUGUCAAGUUUGACUUGCAAAUCCGAAGUUCCAACCUGUAUGACAAUCUGAGCCCAGUAGCAUAUUAUCAGGCUGACCUUGCUAUUUUAGCAGCUGUUGAAAUUAGAGGUGUGUCGUCCCCUGAUCACAUAUUCCUUCCUAUUGCCAACUGGCAGCCAAAGGAGAAUCCCGAAACAGAAGAUGAUAUUGGGCCUCUAGUUCAGCAUAUCUAUGAGCUGAGAAACAAUGGUCCAAGUGCAUUCAGCAAGGUGAUGAUGACUCUGCAGUGGCCUUACAAAUAUAAAAACAACACGCUCUUGUAUAUUGUUCAGUAUGAAAUUGAUGGUCCCAUGAACUGCACUUCUGACAUGGAAAUCAACCCACUGAAAAUUAAGAUUUCUGCUCCCAAGGAUGAUGACAGGAAUGAAACACUUGGCAGGGAAGAUCACCGUGACCACCGCAUCAGCCGAAGGGAUUUAGCUGCCGUGGAGGGGGAUGUGCACACUUUGGGCUGUGGAACUGCUGACUGUUUAAAGAUUGUCUGUCAAGUUGGCCACCUGGAAAGGGGAAAGAGUGCAAUAUUGUAUUUAAAAUCACGCCUUUGGACCCAAACUUUCAUGAAUAAAGAAAAUCAGAAUCAUUCCUACUCUCUCAAAUCGUCUGCUUCUUUCAGUGUUAUAGAGUUCCCUUAUAAGAACCUUUCCUUUGAAGAUAUUCACAAUUCUACAGUAGUUGCUACAAAUAUUACAUGGGGCAUUCAACCACAGCCCAUGCCUGUGCCAGUGUGGGUUAUAAUUUUGGCCGUCCUAGCAGGAUUACUGCUCCUGGCUGUUCUAGUGUUUGUCAUGUACAGGAUGGGCUUUUUCAAACGUGUGAGGCCACCUCAGGAAGAACAAGAAAGAGAACAACUGCAACCACAUGAGAAUGGGGAAGGAACAUCAGAAGCUUAAGCAGAGUUUUAUCUGUAAGACAUUCUGAAAAGUACACUUGCCUACAUCUUGUUUACAAAUACUGGCUUCCCCCUUAAUGAACAAACACUCAUGAGUACAGAGCAGCUGGCCUUGGAAGGCAUCAGCUUGUGCAAAACAAGGGCAAUACACUUAAAUCCUCCCUUCUGUAUUACCGCCGUUCCUACUGCCACUAACACAUCUGCACUGACCCGUGUGAGAAACUCAAGUAAGAGUUGUGCUGGGAUUUUGCUUACUGGGACACAGGAAACAUCAUCUUUUCUGAUUCAUGUACUGACUCUCCAUGAAUUGCUACGCAGAUUCUGCAUUUGCUCUUGGAGCCAACAGCUUCCAGAGGUGCUUGCUGGGUUACACGUUUGGUUUCAGUUGUUUGUGUUGGAGUACACUACAUUUCACUGCCUGGCUCUUGAAAGUCAGUUGCACAAAAAAAAAAUGAAUGUAGCUUAUUUUACAGUACUGAAGAAUGUUCUUUACCCAUUAGCUCUGAUGAUAAUUUUUUCUCCUGCUCAAGAAAUAGGAAAUAUUCAGUGGAAUCAUUUACAUGUGAUACCUGUUCUGCACACCUGUUACCCUGCCUGCUCAGUCAUCUGUCUUGUGGUUUCCCCCUAGACCUUACAAAUACUGUUCUCCAGGUGCUCGGUCUUUUACUGUAGGGUUUGAGCCUACAAACACCAAGUGAGCGAUAAAAAUCUGGGGCUGAUGUGCUUUCUGUGGGACUUGGGGAAAAGAUUCAGGGCAAGAUCCCAAGACUCUGCUGUGUAUUUCCACAGAGCAGGAUCCAGGUGUUUCAAAGUUCUUGGCAGUAUGGAUGCAUCCAUGUACUGCCAGGGACAAGAGGCUGGGCUGUGGCUGCCAACAGACAUGUCUGAGAAAACCCGUGAUGUCCACAAGUCAAACCUCCACCGGGUUUGAAGUGAAGGCUGUAAAUUACUUGGAUUGUAUUUUGGUUUCUAGCAAAACACUGGAGGGAACACUGUGUGACAGGUUAAGUGGUGCACUGUAGGGAAGCUGUUAAUCCUCACUUUCUCUGGUUGGCCAUGCCCAGGUGCAGGAUGGAGUGACACAGGGGCUGUUUAAACUAGGGUCUCUGCCAGCCACAUCCAUGGAUCUGGAUCAUGGAUCUAAAGUACACCAGUACUUUAGCCACACUCACACCUCCCUCACCUCCUGCCCUGAGAGAACAGCGAGUCAAAUGAAGCAGAGAAGAGCUGGCAGUGCAAAAGGGUUCAAAAAGUAAAGGUUCAUUUGGCUUGUUUCAUUUCACCCAUUCAUUGUCUCAUUGGCUUGUUGCAUUUGAUUCAUUCAUUGUUUCAGUCCCUGCAUGUUUCAUUGCACAAGACAUUUCCUUACACAAGACAUUUCAUUAUGUUCAAUACAUUUCAUUACCAGAAAAGACACUAAGUAUUUUGUUUCACUGUUGUUUUUUAAACAUACCAAAAGAUCAGUGGUUUAAAGCCAUCAGUUUACAUCACUCUCAGCUUAUUUCUCUCACCACUGGUGUAGUAACAUGAGGCUUCCGACACUGAUUGACACGAGAGCAUUUUCUAUGAAUUUCAGUAGACAAGUAACUGCAAAUCAGGAGGUUGUUCAGCUUGCAAACACAGCUAACUGUGCUGCACAGAUCCUAGAGUGGACAUACUUAAACUAUUACUAACGUGCCUUCUAUGAGAUGUGUUUAUUCUCUUUUCCAAAAAGAGAAUAAAUUACAGUAUAAACUCCCUGUAUACAGCCAGGCACACAAAGGAAGACUUCUACUGUACUUACAGCAGUGAGAUUUCAAUAUAGACAAGCUCUUAAAGGGGCAAAAGCUCUGGUUUGAUUUUGUACCUUGGGGUUUUUGUUCACAGCUGCAUCUCCUCCAUACAUACAGCAGUGCCCACAAAACCCAGAAUUUUCUGAAAUGAGCAGUUUGUUUCAACUCUUAUUUCUGCAUCCUUUCAGAGAUUUAAAAUCCACCAAUGGCUUUUGUUGUUAAAUCCAUUCUUACUUGCUGAUCCAUGACGGCAUCCGAGUCCUUAAGGAAGACAACACAGAGUCUGGGGGGACCAGUAUGUUCACCAGAUAUAGGCUUGCAUAUUUAUCCAUUUACAUGGGUUUGGUUUAGGCAGUUUGUUUAGAUAAAAUUAGUUUACAUGAAAGGGUAUAGGGCAUAAUUCCUCUUUCACUGAAUUUUCAAGGUCUUCAGUGUGGCCAAUGUUUUAUUUUUGUCUUUAUUUUUAGUAUUGUUACUAGUAAUGUAGUAGAGAAUCAGGAGUCAGGCUUUGAUCCUGGCCUCAAAAUGUGACUUUGAUGGAACAGCAUUUUCAGUAACUUACAUGGGCUUGUGGUUCACACACUUUGUCAGCUGAUUAUCUAUGUGCAAGAAGAUUGGUUUUACCCAGUCUUAAUCUUAGUAGGGUAAGAGGUUUAAGAGACUGUCAGACAGAUUAUAGCUCUAAUUCUUACAUGUGUGCUUUCAUUACAUGUACACUCCAUGGUGACUUGAAAUUUGUUGGACUACUUGCAUGUGUAGGCGUUAGUAGAUGAAAAAGAGUAUUUUAAAAAAGCAUGGUCAAGAUCCCUCCUGCUCAUGUGGAUGGGAUACCAUAGCAUUGUUAAUGUCAGUGCUAACUGCAUCUUAAUUUUACUGUGUCAACUGGAAACUCAUUUUGCUGAUUUUCAGGAUAAGAAGGUACAUUUUAUUGGUACAACUACUGUAGCUAUGGAAAGUAUCUUCCAUUUUUGAAGUUACAUAAAGUAAGACUUAUUUAAGUGAUUUUUAUUUCUUACCUUCUGCUGGAGAAUGAAAGCAAAUAAAAAGAUAAAAAUAAAAGACCACAGUAGCAUAUGUAAAUGGAGUAUAGAGGUUACUUAGUGAGCAUAGAUGUAACACCUCAGAAUUCAAUUUAAAGUAACGUUUGUGUUUCAGGGAGAUUCCAAGCUGGAAAUUUUCCUGAAUGGGGGUGCAGGAAACUCUUGAUAGCAUGUUCUAGAUUCAGGAAUAAGAUUCCAGAUUAUGUAUGCACUUGUGUCAGUAUAAAUUUCAUAAUGACUUACAGGCAUUGAUGUAUUCUUACAGCAAGUACUAUAGAAUGAUGUUAAAGCUUUUAAAGAAACUUUAAAAAAGAUAUUUCAGAAUGAAAUUAAUGCCUUUGAUUCAAAAUUGCUGUGAAUAAGAUGCAUACUGGGAGCAUUUAAAAAAUACAAGUACAGCAACAGAAAAUUAGUCUUCUUUUGAGAGCUAUGUUUCAGAAGCAGAUUUUUUUAUGACUAUAAAAUCAGCAGCUGUUUAAUUAUUUAGACAAUAAAAACAUUUUAAAAGAGCUGUAUCUUUUAUAAUGAAAUAUGAAAUUAUUUAAGUACUCCAGUUUGCAAUUAAUGCAGCAUCUCAUGAUCAAUAUUGAAAAGUGACUUUUAUUACAGAAAGCAUAUUAUCUAUAUUUGACAAUAUUUAGAAAAUGUAAAGUGAGGAACCUAAUAUAUAGGUUUACAUUUGUUUCAAGAAACUAUGAAAUUGUGGAAAUAGCUUUUGUUUAAGCAUGAUUGUAAAGUCAAAGAUGGGCUAUAUUUAUCAAUGUAAUUUGAAAUCUUUGAGGAAGUUUGCCAAGGUUGUCUGCCAAGUAUCAGGUUUUUUCUGUUUUAAGUCUUGAUGUACACAUUGAUCUCUAAUUCACAUAAUGCUUGUGAAAACUUUAGAAAGUUUACUACAUGUGCUCUUUCUUUAUAAAACAUUUAUUCCAAGCAAAGGUUUUAAAUAUUUAGUUGUUUCUAAACUUGUGUCCAUGCUUAAAUAGUCUUAAAGGGUAUUUUAAAAAUACUUCAGCUAUAAUCAGCAUGCUCUUGAUGAUUUGAAGGAAUCAUGCUGCACUUAGAUUCUUGCAGCAUUAGGGUUUGCUGUUGGUUACCCUGACAGAGCCCUGCACUAUUUUUUCUUACACCCUCCCAGGCAGUCACAGAGCAGCAUUACCCUGGUGAAAAUCAAGGUAGUUUUUGUCUUUGGUCCAGAGUAACGUGACCCUUUGAAUGUGAUUGUUUGUGUUCAAUGCUGCUGGCUGUUAAUGAGUCAGAAAAAAAGUAUUUUAUUAAAGAAAAACAGGAAUCCAAAAAAUAAAAAAGUAGUGGCAGAGACCAGAUGAGGCUUACAGCAAAGAGAUAAUUUUGGUUUGUUUCUGGGAUGUGCAGAGCUGUUAGUGCUCUGCUGGCAGUGGCCCCUGUCACACUGGAUGCCACAGGUGGGAUCAUGGUUAUUGCUGAGCUCUGGUAACCCUCACGGGUGUGAGUGGAAUCUGAGCUCUCUGGUACUGAAUCUUUAGCCUUGAACCUCCAUGUGCAAUAUAAUAUGGUCUGACUUGGUUCACUGCUGAGUCCUCUGCCUAGAAGGGCCUAAGAAGGGCCGUGGUGUUUGCUGGCUUAGAGUGGUCAGUAUUUGUAAGGACAUGAACAGAACCAGCGUGCUCAGUGGAGGUGAUGAAUUAAUGGUUUCGGAAGUCUUUGAUCGCCCACAUUGGGUGGAGCAGGAUGUACCUCCUAAAGUGUGUCCAAUACUAACUGGAGUUCUCAAGAACUGCUACCACCUUCUUUAGGUCCGUUGUGGAAGAUUUGACUAGAGGCUGUACAAAACUGGGCUUGAGUCUGUAGUACUACUACUGUUUCAUGUGAUGGUGGUAUUUAGGUGUAUUUUUUUCCAAUGUGUAGAAUUUUAACAUAACACAGGAAAACUAGCCUGUCAUGCAAUGACUUCUCCAAAUACGCUGCAUUAAAGGUGAAUAACUUGACCCUUGGUUUUUGCAAAGUAAUGGAAGAUUUAAUGUAGCAUUUGCAUCUUCAAAAAACUUUUACAGGUUUUGCUUUUCUAGUCUGUGAGGGAAACCUGUAUUUGCUAUGAUACAAAUGUGCUGAACAUGUAAUGUUUUAUUUCUUUGUAAUGGAAUUUUUUGGCCUUUUUUGUGUUUGCUCGUGCAUUAAAUCAGUAGAGCAUUAUUUGCACAAGCAAAAAAUUAACGUACUAACAAGAGUGCUGCAUUUUAUGUUUCUUUGUCAUGCAGUAAAUACUUGCAGCAUAAAUGGGAAUAUUUUCAGUUACUAGUUUCAAAGGUCUUCGGUACAUUUAAAGAGAGCAAUAUACAUUUAAAGUCACCUUAUUUUAUAUUAAAUUAUAAAUUGUGCAAAAAAAUGGGUAUUGUGGCCCAGUAAUUUUGUACUGAUAUGAAAUAUAUAGCUAUUAAAGCUGUGGUUUGCUUUUCAACUCAUUCUUUUCAUUCUAAUGCAAAUCUGAGUGUUUUUAUUAGGUUGUAUUUUUCUAUGUAUAUAUACAAUUUCAAAAUACUAUGAUUGGGUAAACUGAAAAAUGUAAGUUUUGAUUUGAUUCUGAUAUUUAGAAUUUUGGAAUAAAAUACCUCUUAAUCAACAGAGAUUUUGUCGUAGGCUUGUUUUUGGUUUUUUUCUUAGGUGUGUUUUUUUAAAUGCAUUUAAUUCACCAGAAAAUGUUUUAUAGUAUACGUUUGUACUCCACAGUUAUGUGCUAAAUUCAGAAACAUCACAUUUACACAAUUUUUACAUUCUCACCUCAAGUGGCACAUGUUAACCUUGAGUCAAAAAAUUUUGUAAUCACAAGGAAGGAAAAGGAUCUAGUCACAGACUAUAUUCUGCCACCAGAAAACUGCUGUCCAACAGAAAUUCCUACGUACCAGAAAUAAAUAUUUUAGAUUUUAUAGCUGCCACAUUGCUGUAGAAAAUGGUGACAUCUUGACCUUUGGUUAGAAAAAUUCUCAGAGAGCUGGAGUUUCUUUUCUUGUUGUAGUAUUAGUCUAAUUUUAUCUCAGCGUUACAUUUUUUCUGAUUACCAGUCAUGCUCACCUGUGUGAGUGGGGUCACAGUAAUAUUUUGUGGCACAAUAAAGGCAUCCGUGUGUCUGUUUCAUUGAUAAAACAAACAGUGAGAAGUAAAUGUUAGUGCUUGUGAACACUAGAAAAACUCCAAACCAGGGAGCUCCCUGACUUGCUAGCAGAGAAUUUGUUAACCUAAAGAAAAUAGUAAUAAAGGACAUGGAAAAGAUGAAAAACUGAUAUUUGUGGUUUAAUUAACAGCUUCACUGAUCUCACAGUAGCUGCACCUAAUGUGUGUAAGAAACAUGACAGCAGCAGUCAGAACAUGGCUUUUAACAUUUGUUCAAUACACCCUGCAGCCAACACAGGCCUAGUUCUUGUUAAAUAAGAUACCUGCAGCUAGUUAGCAGCACAGCAAUCACUGCAUCUGCGUAGCAGUUCCAAGUUAAUAUAUUAUUAUUAUUGAGAAAUUAGUGCCAGCAGCUGUCUCGUUACAGGAACAAGGCAACAGAGUCAUUUUUCAAAUUCCCAUCUUACGGUAUAGCCACCCCAGAUAAAAUGAUGGUCCUUGUCUUAAGGUAAUUUGUAUUUGCACAACUCCACUGGAGCUAUGCUGCUGUACUUUGACUCCUUUCACACCUGAAUGAUACUUUAUUGUGUGCUUUGAUCAUUAGUUCGUAAAUGAAUUGCUAAUACAUUAAGACUUUAUUACAUAUUAGUACAUUAAUAUUUUUAAAUCGCCAGUUCAGGCAUUCUCAAGAACAUGGUGAACAAUUGAAAAUACUUUUUCAAAGAAUUUAUAUGAACUUCUUGUCAAUAUAUUGUCUGAUAUUCAUAAAGAAUUAGGGUUAGUGCUGUCAGCUGCCCAUCUUCUCACAACGUAUUUCACAAUCACUCUGUUCUGCUGCAUCUUUCUGAUAAACCUUUUGAAAGUUUGGUGCUGAAUUAUCACCCCUCUUGACAAACAUACAGGACAUGCUAAGACUGAGUUUACAGGACACAAAAGCACAACACAGACCUCGAAAAUGUGAGAAGCAAAAGAAUAUUGACAGUAAAAUACCCCAUUCCUAGUGUUAAUAAUUUCACAUGCAGACCAGGCCUGUGUUGUACUGCUUUUGAGAGAGUUUUGCAGAAUCCAUAUAGAUUGACAUUUCUGUGUCAUUUGUGCACACAUUUUCAGCCCUGCCGGAACAGCGGAUGCCAUGUUCAGUGGUUAAUGACAAUGGUUGUAAUUUGGUUUUAGUUUGAAGAGUGUGUAGCAACCUUUAGAGACUGCAGGAGGUACUGCUGGACACAAUUCCUCAAGGAAGCACUCAUGUAGACUCAUGUAGUUGAAAUUAGUUACUACCAGCUUCUAUCUCUUCAAAGAAAAUUUGUUUAAGAAGACAUAAUCCUGACUGUGAUUAUAUUUUUGCUGAAAUUAAUGUUAUUAUGUACUCUAAUUUUUCUUAGUAAUUUCUCUAAAUGUAGUACAGACAAUUAGUUUCCACAUGUGUGAUUCCCCUUUUGGAGGCAUUUUCAAGAGAGCUUUUAUCACACAUUGAAUCUUGGGGAUUUUUUUCCCCCAGAACUUUAUAAAUAAAUAAUUGUGCAUACUCACAUCAUCAGCAUUAAUUUAAAAUGUUCCAUCUGCCGAGUUGGUUCAACUAUUCAUCUCCAAAUCAUUUAUAUCCUGUUAAAAGCUCAUGCCUACAAACAUUUGGAAAUGAAUGUGUGAUCCACCCUUUCUCAAUGCUUUUCUCAAAUUUGUCAGUCACCAGACAAAUCCAUGAACGAAGGAAGCUCACAGCAGUAGCAAGUUUUCUGUAGGCCCCUUUCUUCCACCUGAGACCACACACAGUUGCAGGGAAUCCAGAAUGAAUUCAGCCCUAAGAGCGGCUGUGCAGGAACAGCCGCUUUUCCUUUGCAGUGCCCACAUAAAAGGUUGAAAUAGGAAGCUGGGUGAGAGGAUGUUAAUUAAGCAAAUAGGCACUGAGCAUGUCUGCUGAACUAAAAAGAGAAUUUGUUUUCUUUAUGAGCUGCUGGAGGAGUUUCACAUCAAAUAAAUGAUUGGUUUAUUUGUAUGGCUCUUGUGUUCCUUUGCUUUCUUUCAAGCAAGAUCCUGUCAAAUGAAAUCAGGUUUUCAUGGCAAAGAUUUUUUUGGUGCUGAUGAAAAAAGAGAUUGACAAUAAAGGAAAGCUUUAUUGUGGUUCUGUGAAAGGUUGAGAAGUACCUGCUGAGGAGGAUGUGCAUUUCCCACUGCAGCAUUACCCUGCGAGGAGUGACUGUUCCAAAAUGGUGCCAAUGAACUAUCAGCAACUGCAAUAAAGGCAAAUUGUAUUUUCUGUGUCAAUCCCAAAUCUAUUUCAAGUCAUUGUUAAUGGCAGUGAAUUAAUUACAUUGUACUGUAUAGAAUGGCACUAAGGCAUAAGGAAAAAUAUAUCAGAUUUUCUUCAGAUUUUAUAAGAGAUAUGUUGAAAAUAUGCACCGUAACCUCUCAGCUCUUCAUUUCAGAAUGGGGAAAUUUACAUCCCACUAUAGUUUGUAACUCUAUUCCUCUGUUUCUGCUUCAAUGAAGAAAUUUUCUGUGAUCUGAAAACUACAGGAUUUGGCCUGGUAUGUUAUAGUGUCUAAAAUAAAUCUUUUAUUUGGUUA